UUCUCCAGGCCGCUGAGGAACUUUGCAGCGACGAUCGCCAUCCUCAUCAUGAUCAUCGGCCUGCUGGGAAAUCUCCUCACUAUUGUCGCCCUCCUCAAGUAUCCCAAAGUCCGUAACGUAGCCGCGGCCUUCAUCAUAAGCUUGUGCGUCGCCGAUUUCAUUUUCUGCCUGCUGGUACUACCUUUCGAUUCCAUCAGAUUCGUCGACGCAAGUUGGGCCGACGUUCGCUUUUUAUGCGUCUUGGUGCCUUUUCUACGAUACGGCAAUGUCGGAGUGAGCUUACUCUCCGUUGGCGCCAUAACGAUUAACAGAUACAUCAUGAUAGCGCAUCACGGAAUAUACGGCCGAGUAUACAAGAAACACUGGAUUGCUUUAAUGAUUCUCUUUUGUUGGCUCUUCUCCUACGGAAUGCAAGUCCCGACUCUCGUCGGCUCCUGGGGCAAAUUCGACUACGAUUCGAAUCUCGAAACCUGCUCGAUCGUCCGAGAUGCUAAUGGCCGGACCUCGAAAACUUUCCUAUUCGUAACCGGAUUCGUCAUCCCGUGUAUCGUCAUCGUUGGCUGCUACACGAAAAUAUUUUGGGUCGUCCACAAGUCGGAGUCGAGGCUGAGGAAACACACGGCACCGCCGAGCAUCAAGUCGCCCCACAGCCCAGGGCGUGACACCCGCGAGAUCAAGCAGCGGCGCAGCGAGUGGAGGAUCACCAAAAUGGUCCUUGCCAUUUUCCUUGGAUUCGUUGCCUGCUACCUGCCGAUCACGAUUGUCAAGGUCGCCGAUCCGGAAGUCACGCAUCCGGCGUUCCACGUGAUGGGCUACCUCCUUCUGUACUUCGCCUCGUGCGUCAACCCCAUAAUAUACGUUAUUAUGAACAAGCAGUACAGGCAGGCCUACGCGGGCGUGAUUAGCUGCUCGAGGAUAAGGGCGAGCCUCACGCCCCAUGGAAGCAGCGCACCGGGCCAGAACAACUUCGGCCACCAAGAUUACUCCAAAGACUACAGCAAGACUAUGGUCUCGUCAGUAUCCAUCGCUAUGAAUUCCGUAAGAGACGUUCAUCGCGACGAUCAAUUUUAACGAAGUGGAUAAGAUAGCGCAACUUUAGACGUGACACUGGAGAGAAAUUUAGUCAUUUUAUCGACAUAUAUAAAGUUUCGGUUGGAGGAAACGACGAAGGAUGGUAAUAGGAACGUCAGCAGGCUAUUUACGGGAAAGCCCAUUAAUAUUCAUUCGACUAAGAGGUUCUCAAGAAUUAGAAAAUCCUGUACGCCUUGUCGUAAUGUCGAACUGUUCACAUUUCUCUUUAUACGGAUACGUAGAAGUUCUGAUGCAGCAUGUAGCAGGAUGUAUGAUUAUUUUAUACACGUACGCGUUAUAUGUACAAAAGUCAUGAUUGCACGACCAAAGAGCGCGAAAGAAUUCAGAUUUUGUAAAUAAAGUACAUGUGUAAGGGAGUAUAGAGUACGGCAGCUAGUUAAAU